AUGUUCGACCAUCAUACUGUAAACAGAGACUAUGAUGUAUCGGACCGUACGUACGACAACCUGCUGCCGCCAGCGCGACUCUAUCCUCACCACCCGGGCGCACCGACUCCCUGGAACAGGACAGACACUUCAACGGGCGCCGCGCUCCACCGUGCAGACGAACAGGUCGCCACGCUAAAGUGGGUUGAAGGCGGACUGCUCCCACAAGAGAUACCGAAUAGCCCUAAGGAAAAUCUAGCUGCUAACGGCAUCCCCAUGUCCAACACAUUUGAGAGUAAGAAGUUCCCACAAGCCAUCAUAAUCGGUGUGAAGAAAGGCGGAACGCGCGCUCUGCUGGAGUUCCUACGGAUUCAUCCGGAUGUGAGAGCUGUCGGGGCAGAACCUCACUUUUUCGACAGGUUCUACGAGAAAGGACUUGAGUGGUACAGGAACCUGAUGCCUCGGACCCUGGAAGGUCAGAUCACCAUGGAGAAGACGCCCAGCUACUUUGUGACCAAGGAGGCUCCUCGUCGCCUCUGCACCAUGAACUGCCGCACCAAGCUCAUUGUAGUCGUCCGCGACCCCGUGACCCGGGCAGUCUCCGACUAUACCCAGACGCUUUCUAAACAACCCGGCCUCCCCUCCUUCCAGAGCCUGGCCCUCAAGAAUACCUCUACGGGAUUGGUCGACACCUCGUGGAGCGCCGUGCGCAUCGGCCUGUACGCCAAGCACCUGGAGAACUGGCUCCAGCACUUCCCCUUAUCUCACUUCCUGUUCGUCAGCGGCGAGCGGCUGGUGUCCGACCCGGCGGGGGAGAUGGGCCGGGUGCAGGACUUCCUGGGUCUGAAGAGGGUGGUGAGCGACAAGCACUUUUACUUCAACCAGACUAAGGGAUUUCCCUGUCUGAAGAAGCCAGAGGGAAGCAGCAGGCCCCGGUGUCUGGGGAAGUCCAAAGGAAGGCCUCAUCCACAGAUCUCACCAGAGGUACUGCAGAGGCUCAGGGACUUCUACAGGCCAUUCAACCUCAGGUUCUACCGGAUGACUGGACAAGACUUUGGAUGGGACUGAGCCGUCCACCAAUGUUACAUGGAAAAUCAAACUAAAGGAUGAAAAUGAUUACUUUAAAACAUGUGGAGAGGUCACUGCUUUCAUCAAGACAAGAAACACAAGACUGACAUUACAUUUGUCAAUGAGGGAACAGGGGUUCUAGGUUACCACUUUGACUUGUGACAUGGUAUGCAUUAUACAAAAUGUUGGCAUUUUUUGGUAUUUUAUGGAACAGUGAUAUAAAGCUGUCAUUUAUAGUUUCAGUUACAAUAUUUGUAUGUUGCUACAUGUAAGAAUAAUGUAAGAACUAAUUGUUUUCCCAGUGUAAAGUACAUGAACCAGGAGAUAAGGAUAAAUGUCACAGUAAGUAGACCAAAGGACGUUGAUGACUUGAUACCUCUGUGUGAGGAGACUCAUGUUACAAUGAAUUAUACAAAGGAUUAUAACUAACCUGUUUCUGACCAGCGUGUGUGUAUGUGUGUGUAUGUAUGUUUGUGUGUGUGCAUGUUUAAGAUACCGUAAGAAAAGUUUAUUUAUUGCAAUAUGUGUACGUAGCUUUAAUUAUUCUUGUGACCACCCAAUUAAGCAACAAAACCUUUCUUUAUCAGGGUUGACAAUCCUUUUCUUUUGACUUUUGACUUGUGUUUUCAAUGGUACUGUAGAUC